CCCAACGUGAUGACGUCGCGCGUCGCUCGCCGCUGCUUAACGUGAGUUGUUUGGGCUGUCUGCGGGGAGAGAAGUGCUGAGAGGCUCCAGUUGAUGUCGCUGCUCCUGGGCCGCAGGGUUCCGCUGUCAUCCGCACACAGACUCACUACCCGCCGUCCACCGUCACUGUCGAGGCCCCGCGUUGUUAGUAAAGCUCGCAGUGACCCGUAGAGUCUCCCUCAGUCUCCCUCAGUGCAGCGUGAGCAGCAGCAUGCCGGAGAGGAGGCCCUUCGUGCGGCUCCCGACGGACGUGUCUCCCGUCAACUACGGCCUGUGUCUGAAGCCCGACCUGAUCGACUUCACCUUCGAGGGGAAGCUGGAGGCGGCGGUGGAGGUUACACAAGCCACAAAUCAGAUUGUGAUGAACUGUGCUGACAUCGACAUCAUCACUGCGUCCUUCGUACCGCCGGGAGGAGAAGAAAUUAAUGCCACAGGAUUCAACUAUCAAAAUGAGGAUGAGAAAGUCACCCUGUCAUUUCCUAGCGCUUUACAGAAAGGCUCUGGCACGUUGAAGAUAGACUUUGUCGGGGAGCUGAACGACAAAAUGAAGGGAUUCUAUAGAAGUAAAUAUACGUCCCCUGCUGGAGAGGUCCGCUACGCUGCUGUCACACAGUUUGAGGCCACGGACGCUCGCAGAGCUUUCCCCUGUUGGGAUGAGCCAGCGAUCAAAGCCACCUUUGACAUCGCUCUGAUAGUUCCCAAGGACCGCGUAGCCUUGUCAAAUAUGAAUGUCAUUGAUCGAAAGCCAUAUCCGGAGGAUGAAAACCUGGUGGAGGUGAAGUUUGCCACCACGCCCAUCAUGUCCACAUACCUUGUAGCUUUUGUCAUCGGUGAAUACGACUUUGUGGAGAGCCAGUCAUCAGACGGAAUAACGGUACGCGUCUACACGCCAGUCGGGAAGGCGGAACAAGGGAAAUUUGCACUGGAGGUUGCAACUAAAACCUUACCUUUCUACAAAGACUACUUCGAUGUUCCUUAUCCGUUGCCUAAAAUCGAUCUCAUAGCUAUCGCUGAUUUUGCUGCUGGUGCCAUGGAAAACUGGGGCCUUGUUACCUACAGGGAGACGGCUCUGCUAAUCGACCCCAAGAACUCCUGCUCGUCCUCCAGGCAGUGGGUGGCGCUGGUGGUCGGACACGAACUCGCCCACCAGUGGUUCGGAAACCUGGUCACCAUGGAAUGGUGGACCCAUCUGUGGCUUAAUGAGGGAUUUGCAUCCUGGAUCGAGUAUCUGUGUGUGGACCACUGCUUCCCAGAGUACGACAUCUGGACCCAGUUUGUCUCAGCCGACUACACCCGCGCUCUGGACCUGGACGCACUGGACAGCAGCCAUCCCAUAGAGGUGAACGUUGGUCAUCCAUCAGAGGUAGAUGAGAUCUUUGACGCCAUCUCCUACAGCAAAGGAGCGUCUGUGAUCCGCAUGCUGCACAACUACACAGGAGACGAGGACUUUAGGAAAGGAAUGAACGCCUAUCUUUUGAAGUUCCAACAUAAAAAUGCUUCGACAGAGGACCUAUGGGACUGUCUGGAACAGGCCAGUGGAAAACCCAUCGCGGCCGUGAUGAGCUCGUGGACCAAGCAGAUGGGCUUCCCAAUCUUAGUGGUGGAGCAGGAGCAGCAAGGUGACGACCGCAUCCUCAAGUUAACUCAGAAGAAGUUCUGUGCCAGUGGACCACACAAUGGUGAGGAUUGCCCCAGCUGGAUGGUCCCCGUUAGUAUUUGUACCAGCGAGGACCCCAAAUGCUCAAAGCUCAAGGUUCUGCUGGACAGACCGGACACGACCAUCACCGUGAGCGGCGUCGCACCCGACCAGUGGGUCAAGAUCAACCCCGGCACCGUGGGCUUCUAUCGCAUCCAGUACAGCUCGUCCAUGCUGCAGAGUCUGCUGCCCGGCAUCAGAGACCUCAGCCUGCAGCCGGUGGACCGACUCGGCCUGCAGAACGACCUCUUCUCCCUGUCUCGUGCAGGGAUGAUCAGCACGGUGGAGGUGCUGAGGCUGAUGGAGGCGUUCGUCAACGAGCCCAACUACACGGUGUGGAGCGACCUCAGCUGCAACCUGGGGGUGUUGUCCUCGCUGCUGUCCCACACCGACUUCCACGAGGAGAUCCAGGAGUUCAUCCGGGACCUCUUCACCCCCAUCGGCCUGGAGCUCGGCUGGGACCCCAAACCGGGUGAAGGCCACCUGGACGCCCUGUUGAGGAGUCUCGUUCUGGGGAAGCUGGGGAAGGCGGGACACAAACCCACGCUGGAGGAGGCCCGACGGAGAUUCAGGGACCACGUGGAGGGAAAGCAGGUCCUGCCUGCAGACCUCCGGAGCCCGGUGUAUUUAACAGUGCUGAAGCAUGGAGACAGUGCCACAUUGGACACGAUGAUGAAGCUCCACAAACAAGCCGACAUGCAGGAGGAGAAGAAUCGUAUCGAGCGAGUGCUGGGCGCCAUCUCUGCCCCCGACCUCAUCCAGAAAGUCCUCAGCUUCGCCCUCUCGGAAGACGUGCGUCCCCAGGACACGGUGUCAGUGAUCGGCGGCGUGGCAGGAAGCAGUAAACAAGGCCGGAAAGCUGCCUGGAAGUUUGUCAAGGACAACUGGGAGGAGCUUUACAACCGCUAUCAGGGCGGCUUCCUCAUAUCACGGCUCAUCAAGCUCACAGUUGAUGGAUUUGCUGUCGACAAAAUGGCUGCUGAAGUGAAGAGUUUCUUCGAGAGUCACCCGGCGCCGGCGGCCGAGCGCACGGUGCAGCAGUGCUGCGAGAACAUCAACCUCAACGUCGCCUGGCUGAAGCGCGACGCCGACGACAUCUCUCAGUAUCUACUGCAGCGCAAAGCACCCCCCGUCUGAGCCGCCGCCCCGCCUCCUCCUCCAGUCCCCUCCCCCUCCCCCUCCCUCCAGCGCGGACCUUC